AUGCCUCUGACGUGGGCGGCUUUCCUCCGCCCACAGCUGGGUUGCUGUGGGGCCCCAGAUUUCUCCUGCAAAGCAGCCCCCCAAAAAGGUAGAGUUGUAAGAACAUAAGAGGAGACCUGCUGGGUAAAACCAAAGGCCCAUGUAGUUUAGCAAUCUGCUUUCACUAUAGCCAGUCAGAUGCCUACAACCAGAACCUGAGUGCAAUAGUGCUCUUCCUGCUUCUCCUUCCUUUAGCAUCUGCUAUCAAGAAGCAUUCCAGUUCCAAUAGUGGACAGUGAACGUAGCCAUCAUAGCCUUAUCUUGUAUGAAUUUCCCUAAUCCUCUUUUAAAGCCAUCCAAGGGCUGAUCCACAGUUCCUCUUGUGAAUGGCAAUUAGGGUUUUCUCCGGAUUGACAUUUGUUCCGAUUUAGCACUAAAGAGCAGGUUUUCCCCGGGAAUGGAGCAGGACAAGGGGAAAACUACUCAGCAGAUAAUCACUUGGCCUCAUGCUUUCUAGGCACGGGACAAGUGUGGAUGAGGCCCAGGUUUGUGGCUACCACUACUUUGCAUGAAUUCUACAGUUAAACUAUGUUCUAUGUAAAGAAGUAGACUGGAUGAUCUGCCCUGAAUCUUGUAACUCUCUAAUGCCACCUUGAUAUGGGCUAAAGGGCUUGGUGCUACUUUGAUGCUCAUGAAAACAAACAAUAAUGAAACAGGGUAAGUAGACUCAGUUCAGCCCUAAUCAAUGCACAAUGAGUCAAGUAAACACCAGUACCGGAUAUUAUUUGGCUUUUUCAGGUCGAUUAUUUGGCAGAAUAUGUGAUACUGUGCAGGUGCAGGAUAGAGGAACAUGGAAGGAGGCCAACUUGUGGCUGGUGGCACAUCAUUGGUGGAGAGCAGGAAAGGGGAAUGCUGGGAGUAGGCACAGCCUAAAGUCCAUGUCCCAGGUCCACCCCAGAACUGCUUCCAUUCCAUGCCAAAAUUGCUAUGUUCUCCCUCCACUGCUGGAGGCAGUAUGAUUUGAUUCCCAGUUCCUGGGAAUCAGAAGUGGGGAGAUGCGGUUGCACUCGGGUCCUGCUUGUGGGCUUCCCGUGGGCAUCUGGCUGGGCACUGUGAGCAUAGGAUGCUGGACAGACGUAUGGCCUGAUCCUGCCGGGCUCUUCUUAGGUGCAUAGCAAGUGAUUUGAUACUGUGAGAGUAACAGAAGAUGAGAUGCAGCGCUGCUCUUUUCAGUGGCAAGCAUUCUAUCUCUCAGUACCAUCGAAUUCCAGCCCAUGUCUGAAGUCCUGGACACACCAUUUGCUGGACAUUAAUACCACUGGAACUAGGGAUGCGGGUGGCGCUGUGGGUUAAGCCACAGAGCCUAGGACUUGCUGAUCAGAAGGUUGGCGGUUCGAAUCCACGCGACGGGGUGAGCUCCCAUCGCUCUGUCCCUGCUCCUGCCAACCUAGCAGUUCAAAAGCACGUCAAGUAGAUAAAUAGGUACCGCUCCGGCGGGAAGGUAAACGACGCUUCCAUGCGCUGCUCUGGUUCGCCAGAAGCGGCUUAGUCAUGCUGGCUACAUGAACCGGAAGCUGUACGCCGGCUCCCUCGGCCAAUAAAGCAAGGUGAGCGCCGCAACCCCAGAGUCGGCCAUGACUGGACCUAAUGGUCAGGGGUCCCUUUACCCUUUUAAUAGCACUGGAAUCUAAAGAAACAGGGUUAGGAUCAGGCUAGGAGUCAUAUCAAGCACUAGGAUCUGUGUUAAUUUGCCUUGAAGAUGCAUGAGCAUGUCAACACUCUUCCAUUAUGUAAAGUGUGAUUAUCCGGGCUGUAUCUUUUGCUUUUACUUAGAUGAUUGCUUACAAUAUUCCAAUUACCGCCAGCUAUGCAAGCCUAUCACUCCAUUCCCACAGUUGCAUUAAUGAAUAAUUUAAGCCACUCUUGCUUCAUUUGCUUCAGAAUUAUUUUAUGAUGCAAUUGAAUGUUUUAAUGAUAUUAUGAAGGCUUUGUGAUAAUCCAAGUGGCCAGGCUCAGAAAGGGAUAAGUAGGACUAUUUUCAAGAUUAUAAAAAAGAAAAGAAAAGAGUAAUUUAAAGGUCUCUCUUACAAACGCAAUGACGCAGAUGCUGUGUUGAUGUGAUUCAGCACAUCUUGGCUAAUUUAUGCUGUCUGACAUAUCAGUGCCAACAUCUCACGGCAAACCGUAUCAAUCAAAGUAUGAAGAGGAGGCUGAUUGGUACUUAGGAGCCCUGCCUUCGUUGCUGUUCACACUUUGUGAGGAGAUGCAACAGGAGGAGGAGCAAACCUGACUACAAAAAUGCUGCUAUAGAUAACCUACUAUACCUGGUCUCAAAAUGGCUGCUGUUCUAGGCUUAAGUUCUCUGAUUAGUUGGGUAAGAGAGCUGAAAGCAAUGCCAGUAUACUUCUCAUCUAGCAACCAAUGUGCCCCUUUAGUUUCAGACAGUACAUGGGUAGACGAGUCUAAAAAGCCCAGGACACAAAUUUUCAUGGCCCUCUAUGGUGGCUUAUUCACCAGAAGUAAUGUAUGUAGUGUUAACUCUGGAAGUAAUCGUGGUGCCUUGGUUUCCGAACAUAAUCCCUCCAGAAGACCGUUCGACUUCCGAAACAUUCAAAAACUGAGGCACAAAGGGUGGUCUGCAGAAAACUGAAAAAAAAUAACAUGUACACGCAGCGGAAGCCAAUCGACUUCUGGGGCGUGCUCGAAAAUAGAAGAAUUUACUUCUGGGUUUUUGGCGUUCCAAAACCAAAACGUUCAGCUUCCAAGAUGUUCAAAAACCAAGGUACCACUGUACUGGACUCUGACCAAACUAAGCCUCCUAAAGCAAAAUGUACAGUACUUCAGGAGGCUUAGUUUGGUCAGAAUUGAGUAUACACUUCCAGAUUUAAUGCUAAAUACAUUAAACGACCCACCAUUUUGAGGGCCAUGAAAAUUUGUGUCCAGUUGUUUUGUUUAGACUCAUCUACCCAUGUUCUCUCUGAAACCAAAGGGGGGCAUUGAUUUCCAGAUGUGAUUUUUUUUCAGCCCCCCCCCCACUACUAGAUGGUGUUCCUGUGAACUCCUUCCCUACAUAGACCCACUUGUGAAACGCUUUGUUCCUCCUGCCAUGACAGCAUCAGCUUGUCCCUUCCAAUGAUCAACCUACCUACCGCAGCUUUUAAGAGGCUUUCCAUUUCUUCUAAAAACAGAUGUUUGGGGUCAUAACUCCAGCCAGCACACAUAGGAGGCAUGUCUACAAGUUUUUUUCUGGUGGGUCUGGGGCAAUCAGCAUGGUGUACUGUUUGGGACUGAUGCGAGUGGCAGUACAAAACAUCUGGAGGGCACUGGGUUGGUGAAGACUAGUUUAAAGUGUUCUGCUUAGUUGAAACACCUGUAGGAAUUGCAAGGAAAGAUGCAAGGAUUCUAAUAAGCUCGCCAACAUUUCUCUGAACCUGGUUAGGUUGCCAGCAAAAUUCAGCCUGAAGUCCAGGGCUUAAUAUACAAGGCAUUGCUUAGAGAAAAUAUCUGUAGUAUCUUGGGGUGGGGGGUGGGGAAAGGUGGUCAAAGAAAUUGAAAAAAAUAUUACCAGCAUCAUUUGGGGAAGUUGAGCAGUGCUCAGUGUAGGUAAUCUGUUGGCUGUUGAAGGUUUGGGUGUCUAUUUUUUUAAAAAAGUUAAACGACCAUGAAAAAACUCUCCACCUCCAUUUUUCCAAAGUUCUGAGAGAAAAUGCCUACUCAGCUAUUUUAGGUUAUCAGGUGCAAUAUGUGGCAAAAACAAUAUAGUAUAUCCCAGGAGAAAUAGUAGAGAAUCCAUUCUUCAGACAACCUUGGAACACUUAAUUUCUCCUGCUUGAUGACUGCACAUGGCAAAGCUCCUUGCAGUUAGCUGUCUCAAGGCCAAAUAGAACUAGGGGAGAAAUUCACUUCAGUUCGCAUUUAGAAGUGAACCUACCUAAUUCACAGUUUCUGAAAUAAUAUACGAAUCCAAACACAGCCAUCCUUCAAAAUUUAUCCUCCUCUGAAUUUUGCAGUGCAGUUCUUGAGUCAAGCAAUGGGUACAAAAUGCAUAUAUUAGGGUAAAGUGUGUAAAGCAUAAAAAGGCACAUGUAUUAGUGAAAAUAACGUACGAAAUGCAUUCACUCGUCCGGACGUCCAAGCACGACAUGCAUCCGAAAAUGCAUGCACAUAGUAAACAGCAGAGUUUAGCAGAAUCUAAGACUGAGGACACAUGGCACCUGAGUUUAGUGAUUUAUUUACAGGAAUAAAAUAAAAAAAACAGAGCAAUCAUGGCGUGUCUCUUCUCCUCCUGAGAGAGCAAAACAAAAACAGAAAGUACAAAGAACAAAGAGCGGAAGUGGCACACAGUUUCUUCUGUUCUCAUGCUUCCAAAGAAUGGAAUGCAAAACACAGAGCAUGUGAUCUAGUUGUCACACACACACCCAGCAAUGGGAGAAAAUGAAACUGCAGACAACUUGGAGGGUCUGCCAUCGUGACUAAUAGCCCUCCAUAGCCUCCUCCAUGAACUUUUCUGAUCCCCUUUUAAAGGGGAGAAAGACUUUUCUCUAUUCACUUUCUCCAGGUUUUGCGUGAGUCAACAAAGGUCUGUCAUGUUGCUACCUCCUUGCUGUUUCUCUCAAAUAAGAAAGUCCCAAACGCUGCAAACUUCCCAUCCUUUUGUUCAUUCUGCUUCAUGUAACGCCUGGAGAGCAGCUGGUUGAAAAAGGCUACAGCAGGGACAGUUCAGACCAGCGCUUGCCUCCCAAUCCCCUAAAAAGCUCAGCUACUCAUUCCACACCCUUACUGAGCAUCCGCUAAGGAGGAAGGGCAGAUUUCAUUUCAUUUCAUUUCAUUUCACUGUAUUUUACUGUGUUGUGUUGUGUUGUGUUGUGUUGUGUUGUGUUGUGUUGUAAAGGGGCAUUUAAACUGUGCUCUCCUUGCUGCUGUCUCUUCAGCCUUCCACGGUCAGCCUGCUCCCCCCACUGUUGGUUUUGGAGCCUGGGGAGCUCCCUCUGCCUCUGCCUCCCUCCAUUUAAACCAUGCUUUCCUGGUUGCAUGUUCCCCUGCCCCACCUUUCAUGCUCCCUCCUGAACACCAGUUGCUACUGGGAAUCACAAAUGGCAGCAACUCUGCUGCUGCUGUUGCUUUCUGAGCUUCUCAGAAGAGGCAUCUGGGUGGCUACUGUGAGGUCACAAAGAUGGGCUUAGCAGCGGCCUGAAAAUGUCAAGGGGUGACACAGGCCGGGUAGAAACAGAGCAGUCCUGGAGCUCAGAGUCCAUAGGCCAGUCCUUGGCCAGGCUCUGGCUUCACAAAGGGAUGCGGAAUACUGUGGAAUUCUCUUGUUUCCCUGGCAACUAGAUGCCUGCUUUGAACUGAUUCUAAGAUCAGUUAGCAGCACAGACUCCUUCAGUUAACUGUAUUUGGUUCACCUGAAAGCCAGCAGGGAGGACUUCUGCCUCCCCUUAGAGGCGGACCUUGGUCUUUCCUGUUUCAGCAGCAACCUGUGCAAGGCCAACAUUCAACAGCGUCCCCCCAUCUCUCACCCUCCAUUGUGCUCAAUUGACUACGAUGCCCUGUGGCAUUCCCUAGGCGCAGCACCUGGUGUGGAGGAACUGGGCACACUGCCCAAAAUCUGCCUCAGCUCCCCAGUUGCACAAUGUGGGGCUGUUUCGGUUGAGCACUUCCACUUCUUUGCUCAACCAGAGUCCACCCAGACUAGAUACCCUGUUCUGUAGCUGGAACAGGCUGCAGCUUCCACAUGGGUGGGUUGGGAGCAGGAGGCGAGAUUCCCUCCCAAACUCCCCAGAGGGACAGUUGGAGCAGAACACCACAAGAGCCCUUGGCAGUUGGGUCAAGCCCUAGGUGCCUCAGCUAGACCUGUGGCCUGUUCUCCCAGGAGCUCGCAAGCAGCAUGAAAGAAGUCCCAGUACAGUGCCCCCCAGGAAGAGGUCUUGUUCAAAGACAUUUGCUGCCUUUGGUUUGUGUGGGUGGGGGAAGGGUGAAGGGACUUGGACUGAAGCACAAGGAGGGUUCUUAAAGGACAGCCCACAGAAAGGAAUUCCCUCCUCUGUGGAUGGCCCGCUUGAUCCUGGGGUCAUCAGCUGCAGCAGAAACAUCCUUUGGCUCCUUCCAGCACUAAAUGCCUCCCAUGCUCAGACAUCUCACACAAAUAUGCAACAUUUACAUACUUCAGAGUCUAGGGUGCGGAAACCAAUUGGGAGGUGACUUAAAUGCAUACACUAUUUUCCUGGGAUGGUUCCGCAUUUACAAAAGCCGUUCCGGUUUCUCCUUUGAUACCGGAAUGUCCUGCUUCUUCAGAGAAAUUCUGGAGGGAAUGUUGAUAGGGCCCUAUUAUCAUGUUGGAGGGAUGUUUGAGAAAUUUUGGAGGGAGGGGCGUGAGGCUUCUAAUGGGACUUUCUUCUGGCCGGACCUCACCGGACCUCAGUUCCAGACCCUCUCAGAGAAUGAGGGAGGUGUUCUUGGUGAGUUCCGGCAUCUUUUUUCCUAGAAGAAUAGCACUGGAUGUCUCUGUUUUCAUCAGAGAAAUGUUGGAGGGUAAGUGAAUUCAACCAAACACUGGUGAGGACUUAUCAUUGAGCUUACCUGGUGGUAGUGAAGUUUGCAUUGAAGGCAUGCUUUGCUGCCUCCAUUGCAUCCCCAUUGAUUUUCUAGUUCCAUUUCAAUCAGGGUUUAGGCCCAGUGUUGGCACAGAAACUGCUUUCGUCACCUUUCCUAACAACUCCCUGCAUUCUUAACAAACCACCAUUCCCAGUAUUCUUUGGGGGAAGCCAUGACAGUUGAAAGCAGUCUGAGCAAUGACCUUGAUACUUGAUACUGGCCAUUUUCAUUGUGUGUGUGUGUUUGGAUCCAGGUAGCUGGGAUUAAAGUAAUCUGGUCUUCUUCAACCUGGUGCCCCCCAGAUGUUGUCAGACAACAAAUCCCAGCAGCCAGUAUGCCCAAAGUUCUGGGGUAAUGAUGGCAGCCCACUGAAUCAGGCCAGUGGCCCAUCUACUCCAACUUCCUAUUUUUACAGUGGCCAAGCACAUGCCCUAUGGGAAGCCACAAGCAGGAUCCCAGCACAAUAGCUGUCCCCCCUCCCAUGGUCUUCAAAAGCAUUGUGGCCUCCAACUAUGGAGGAACAACAUAGUCAUUCUGGGUAGUAGCCCUCCAUAGCCUCCUCCAUGAACUUUUCUGAUCCCUUUUCAAAGCCAUCCAAGUUGCUGGCCAUCACUGCCUCCUGAGGGAGAGAGUUUCACUGUUUACCAUUGCACUGCCCAAAGGAGAACGUUCUUUUCUCUCUCAUGUAUCUUCCAAAAUUCAGCUUUUGGUGUCACAAAAAUGGGAGAAAGACUUUUCUCUGUGCACUUUCUCCAUGCGUGCAUCAUUUUGCAAAGGUCUGUCAUGUUGCCUCUUCCUCGCUUUUUCUUGCAACUAAAACCCUGCAACCUUCCCAUCCCUUUGUUCAUUCUGCUUGGCUUAACAUCUGGAGAGCAGCAGGAUGAAGAAGUUGACAGCAGGGAUCUGUUAAGACAAGGGCUUGUACCCCACUCCCCUAAAAGGCUCACUUCCUCAUUCCUCACCAUGACUGAGCAUCCCUGAGGAUGGGAAGGAGGUUUUAUUUAUUGUAAAUGGGCAUUUACACUACGAUCUCCUUGCUGCUUGUUCCCAUGUCCCUCCCUUUCAUACUCCCCCACCCCAAUUGUUGGUUUCCGAGCCUGUGGCUCAAUCUCCCUUCAAGGGGUGACAAGGGCCUGGGAGACAGAGCAGUCCUGGAGCCCAGAGUCCAUUGGCCAGUUCUUGGCCAGGCUCUGGCUCCACAGAAGGAUGUGGAAUCCUGUGGAAUUCUGUUUCCCUGGCAACCAGAUGCCUGCUUUGAACUGAUUCUGAGAUCAGUUGGCAGCACAGACUCCUUCAGUUAACUGUCUUUGGUUCACCUGAAAGCCAGCAGGGAGGACUUCUGCCUCCCCUUAGAGGCGGACCUUGGUCUUUCCUGUUUCAGCAGCAACCUGUGCAAGGCCAACAUUCAACAGCGUCCCCCCAUCUCUCACCCUCCAUUGUGCUCAGUUCACUACGAUGCCCUGCAGCAUCUUCUAGGCUCAGCUCCCAGUGUGGAGGAACUGGGCACACUGCCCAAAAUCCGCCUCGGCUUCCCGGCUGCACAAUGUGGGGCUGUUUUGGUGGGUUCUACAGAUGGUAAAAUCAGGUAAAGUCAGUUUAUCAAUAUCCUCCUUAAAUUGUGGUACCAAGAAUUGAACUGCCAUCCCAGGUAGGCCUGGGACGGCAGAGCCCAAUACUUAAAACACACACACACACACACACACACACACACACACAACACACACAAACGUUAGCUCAUUUUCCAGACCCUGCUGGGAUUGGCACUUUUGCUCUUUUCCUGACAUUCCCCUCCUUUCUGCCCUCUUUGUGCAGAACUGCCUCUCUCCUGCUGUUCCUGGGCGUUCUGACUGUUCUCUUCUAUCAGUGCAUGUUCAAGAAGAAUCACAGUAAGUCCACUUCCUUUGCUCAACCAGAGUCCACCCAGACUAGAUCCCUGUUCUGUAGCUGGAACAGGCUGCUGCUUCCACAUGGGUGGGUUGGAAGCAGGAGGCGAGAGUCCCUCCCAAGCCCCCCAGAGGGACAAUUGGAGCAGAGCACCACAAUAACCAUUGGCAGAUGGUUCAAGCCCAAGGUGGCUCAGUUAGACCUGUGGUCUGUUCUCCCAGGAGCUCACAAGCAGCAUGACAGAAGUCCAAGUACAGCGCCCCCCAGGAAGAGGUCUUGUUCAAAGACAUUUGCUGCCUUUGGUUUGUGUGGGUGGGGGGGAGGAUGAAGGGACUUGGACUGAAGCACAAGGAGGGUUCUUAAAGGACAGCCCACAGAAAGGAAUUCCCUCCUCUGUGGAUGGCCUGCUUGAUCCUGGGGUCAUCAGCUGCAGCAGAAACAUCCUUUGGCUCCUGCCAGCACUAACUGCCUCCAAUGCUCAGGCAUCUCACACAAAUAUGCCACAUUUACAUACUUCCAGAGUCUAGGGUGCGGAAACCAAUUGGAAGGUGACUUAAAUGCAUACACUAUUUUCCUGGGGUGGUUCCAGAUUUACAAAAGCUGUCCUGGUUUCUCCCGGAAUGUCCUGCUUCUUCAGAGAAAUUCUGGAGGGAAUGUUGAUAGGUCCCUAUUAUCAUUGGAGAAAUGUUGGAGGAAAUGGAGUAAGGCUUCCCCUGGGGCUUUUUUCUGGCCGGAACUCACCGGAACUCAUUUCCGGACCCUUUCAGGGAACGAGGGAAGUUUCAUGCUGCGUCCCGGCCCCUCUUUUUUCUAGAAAAAUACAACUGGAUGUCUCUAUUUUCAUCAGAAACCUUCAAAAGUUAAUAUGGGACAAUGUUUUAAAAAAAGAAAAAAAGAAACAGAUUUAAUGGAAUUUGCAGACCAGAAAAAGAUUCUGAUGGGCGAUUUAACAGAUGAAAUGAUGAAGUUUUAAAAAGUGCAAGAAGAAACAUUAGAUCAAAUAGCUAUACUUGAGAUGUACCACAGAGAACUUAUUCUGCGCAUCAGAGGCAUACCAGAAAAGCAAAACGAAGACGUAGAAGCCAAAUUAAUAAAAGAACUUGCAUGUUGACGGGCUCCCCAUAAUACAUUACAAGAAAUUGGAAGAAGUCUUAGCACCAACACUCCAAAAACUCAUGAAUUAUAGAAUACAAAAAGGGAAAAUUCCACAUACAUGGGAAGAAGCAAACAUUGUUUUAAUCCACAAACAGGGGUCAUCCAGAGAAAUGGUCAGCAACUACCGACCAAUUUCACUUCUAAAUAACUAUUACAAGAUUUAUACAGGUAUUUAAUGAAUAGAUUAAAAUUGGUCUUAAAAGUAAUAAUUAACAAAGACCAGGCAGGGUUUCUCCUGGAUCACCAUAUGAAAAACAAUAUGAGGGCAAUAAGACCAGUGGUAACAGUUGGCCCUGGAGAAAAUUAACCACUCUCAAUUUUACCCGUAGACUGCCAUCUGUCCAGAUUUUCAUUUGUUCUGAACUAAUUUUAAGAAGUAUUUUAAUUAAUUGAUUGCCUGUUUUUAUGUUCUUUGUAUACUGUGUUAGUUUUAUGAUGUUAGCCACCCUGAGCCCGGCUCCGGGGUACAAAUAAAUUUUAUUACUACUACUACUACUACUACUAUUAUAGACCUGGUAGAAUAUCUAGACUGGAGACCUAAUAAAAAAGCUGCCUUCAAGUUGGUUGAUGCUGAGAAGGCCUUCAAUAAUCUUUCUUGGAAAUUCUUAAGAAAGGUGAUAGACCUAUCAGAAAUGGGAGAAUGCUUCACCCAUGGAAUAAAAGCCAUCUAUGAGAAGCAAAAAGCAAAUUUAAUAAUCAAUAAUGAAAAGACAGAACACGUAUUGAUUGAAAAAGGAACAAGAGAGGGCUGCCCCUUAUCCCCUUUAUUAUGUAUAUUAACACUGGAAAUACUAAAUUCGGUAAUCAGGAAAGAGGAAGAAAUCAAAGGAAUAACACUAGGACGUCGGUAUUUUAAGCUAAAAGCUUUUGCUGAUGAUUUGAUACUAACAUUAGAAGAUCCAUUAAAGAGCAUUCCCAAAGCUUUAGAAAAAAUAACAGAAUCUGGUGAAGUUUCAGAGUUCAAACUCAAUAAAGUAAAAACAAAAUUAAUGGUUAAGAAUAUGCAGAACCAAGAGAAAACAGAAUUAGAGGGGGGAAACAGGUUUAGAGAUAGUUAAAGCAAAAUAUAUGGGUAUUGAAAUUACGAUGAAAAAUGUCAAUUAAUAUGAAGACAAUUAUAGAAAGAUUUAGAAAGAAAUUAAAAAAGACCUUGAAAUCUGGUCAAGAUUGAAAUUAUCACUAUGGGGAAGAAUCUCUGUUAAAAAUGAAUAUGCUUCCAAAGUUUCUCUUCCUAUUUCAAAUGAUUCCAGUAAUAACAAAACAUGAUUGCUUCAAGGAAUGGAGGAAAUUUUUGACAGAAUUUAUCUGGCAAGGAAAAAAGCCCCACAUCAAAUAUAAACUAAUGACAGAUAGGACAAAGAGAGGAGGUUUCACCCUUCCAAAUCUAAAAAAUUAUUAUGUAGCAGAGUGUAUAAUUUGGAUUAAAGAUAGGAUUAUGUUAAGAUAAAUUAGAUAUUUUGGAUAUAGAAAGUUUUGACAAUAGAUAUGGGCCUAUCUGGCCGACAAUAAAGUUAAAGUCCAUAAAGGUUUUACAAAUCAUAUACAGUGGUACCUCUGGUUACGAAUUUGUUCCCUAGGUCCGUUCUUAACCGGAAACUGUUCUUAACCUGAGGUACCACUGUUGGCUAAUGGGGCCUCCUGAUGCCGCCACACAAUUUCUGUUCCCAUCCUGAGGUAAAGUUCUUAACCCGAGGUACUACUUCCGGGUUAACGGAGUCUGUAACCUGAGGUGUUUGUAACCCGAGGUGUUUGUAACCCGAGGUACCACCGUAAUCAGAGGUGUGCUGUAUAAGGUUUAGACUGCUUAUCAAUCAUUGUUACAACUUUACACCCCACAAUGGCUAUCACCACUAGAGGCCUUUUCAGCUAAAAAACUAAAUAUGACUGGAAAUUUGGGAACAUACAGUCAAUUAUUAAGGGAGGACUGGGGACAACCAAAGUUGAAAACAUUUGUAGAAAUAAGGCAUUAUAUCACAGACUGGCUCCAAUAUCACCAAUUAAGCAACGUCUAACUUUGAUAAAAAACGAGGAUUUGGAAAAGAAGAUUUGUUAUUACAAAAAGUUUUAUUAGGAAGUAAUCAAAAAUUAUUAUCAAGAGUAUGAUUUAUUAUUGGAAUGGAGUUUAAAGGAUGAACAAGUAAAAGAAGUACAGAUUAAAUGGGCACAGGACAUUGGGUAUGUCAUACAACUGGAGCAGUGGGAAAGGCUGUUAAAGAAUGGAAUUAUAUAACAUUUACUACAUGCUAUGCUAUAGAAGAAAAUAUAAUGAAAAUGUUUUACAGAUGGCAUAUGACCCCAGUAAAACUUUCCAAAAUAUACAAAUCAAACUCCAAUUUAUGCUGGAAAUGCAAGGAGGCAGAGGGCACACUGAUACAUUUAUGGUGGGGCUGCGGAAAAGUUUAAAAAAGGGGGGGGUAUAAUUAAUGAGGAAAUAGAAAAGAUGCUCAGAGUUAGUUUAGAGGGAAAAACCAGAGGUAUAUCUACUGAGUAUAAUAGGUAAGGGACACAGGUGGCGCUGUGGGUUAAACCACAGAGCCUAGGACUUGCCGAUUCAGAAGGUCGGCGGUUUGAAUCCCUGCGACGGGGUGAGCUCCCGUUGCUCGGUCCCUGCUCCUGCCCACCUAGCAGUUCAAAAGCACGUCAAAGUGCAAGUAGAGAAAUAGGUACUGCUCCAGUGGGAAGGUAAAUGGCGUUUCCAUGCACUGCUCUGGUUCGCCAGAAGCUGCUUAGUCAUGCUGGCCACAUGACCCAGAAGCUGUAUGCCAGCUCCCUCGACCAAUAAAGCGAGAUGAGCGCCGCAACCCCAGUCGGUCACGACUGAACCUAAUGGUCAGGGGUCCCUUUACCUUUUAUAAUAGGUAAAGAAAUACCACAAGACAGGAAAACAUUAUUUUUAUGCGCAACUGCUACAGCAAGGUUAUUUCUCGUGAAAAAUUGGAAAGGGAAACAUAUACCCACAAAGGAGGAACGGAUUGGGGAUGCAGGCAAGGCUACAACUGCACUUUCCCCAUAACAUUAUACUAAUGAAGAGAAAAGGGUGGCUAAUUUUCCAAAUCAAAGGCCAGGGUGGGUUCAGAAGUGGCCGUGCCUUGAUUGUGGGUUAUGAAGUUUAUUCAAGUUGAACUCAAGGAAUGUGUUUUGUGUCUCUAAUGAUCUGUGUAACAUGCUGCAACCGAAAUACCUUGAAAUUUUGGUUUGGAGCUCGCAGACCACCCCUGUCACACCAUUGGAAGAAUGUGUUAAUACUUCUCCUGUGUCUUUUCCCAGGUGAAAUAAAGUUAUAUCACAUAUGUUAAGAUGACCUUAACAGAUUGGCAAACUGGGCCAAAACUAAUAAAGUAAAUUACAAUAUGGACAAAUGUAAGGUUCUACACCAGCUACACAAAUAUAAGAUGGGGGACACCUGGCUUCCCAGUAGUACAUGUUAAAAGGAUCUAGAAGUCUUAGUAGACCACAAGCUUAACACAAGUCAACAAUGUGCUGCAGCCACAGCAACAACAACAGAAAGCUAAUGCUAUUCUAAGCUGCAUCAACAAACGUUUAGUGUCCUGAUCAAGAAAAUAAUAGUACCACUCUGUGGGUUAAACCACAAAGCCUAGGACUUGCCGAUCAGAAGGUCGGCGGUUCGAAUCCCCACGACAGGGUGAGCUCCUGUUGCUCGGUCCCUGCUCCUGCCAACCUAGCAGUUCAAAACCACAUCAAAGUGCAAGUAGAUAAAUAGGUACUACUCUGGCGGGAAGGUAAACGGCGUUUCCAUGUGCUGCUCUGGUUCGCCAGAAGCCGCUUAGUCAUGCUGGCCACAUGACCCAGAAGCUGUACGCCGGCUCCCUCAGCCAAUAAAGCGAGAUAAGCGCUGCAACCCCAGAGUCGGCCAUGACUGGACUUAAUGGUCAGGGGUCCCUUUACCUUUAUUCUGCUUUGGUCAGACCACACCUGGAGUCGUGUGUCCAGUUUGGGGCGCCGCAAGUUAAGAAAAAUAACAAGCUGGACUGUGUGCAGAGGACGGCAACCAAGAUGAUCAAGGAUCUGGAAACCAAGGAUUUAAAGGAAUAGUUGAGGCAGUUGGGCCUGGAAAAUAGGAGACUGGGAGGAGAUAUGAUAGCUAUCUUCAAAUAUCUCAAGGGCUGUCACAUGGAAGAUGGAGCAAGCUUGUUUUUCUUCUGCUCUGGAGGGUUGGACCUGAACCAAUGUCUUCAAGUUACAAGAAAGGAGAUCCUGACUAAACAUCAGGAAUAACUUUCUGAUAGCAAGAGCCUUUUGACAGCAGGAUAGUGGCAUGUCUACAAGUUAAUAUGUCCUGCAGCACUUGUGAGAAGGACAUAUUUAUAUGAUCUGACGCUUGUCCCUUUGAAAUAUAUAGCAGUGGCAAUGGGAGAAAGGAAGCGUUCGCUGCUUCCAUUAAUUUAGCAAGGCAUCACUUGGGGGUACUGAUUCUGUUGCAACCAUCAAGAGUCCUCUGUUUGCACUGCUGAAAUGACAGCACAGUAUCAGGCAGAGGGAAAAGGUGUUUGAGAUCCUUAUCGGCUGUAAACCUCUGUUGUUCCAUGAAUCCACAAUGAGCCGACAUUAGUUUUGUAGCAGUAAAGGGCUUGUGCCAUUAAGAGUGCAACUGUUUUAAUACUCUUUGUGGCUUGUGGGUCAGUUUGGGGAUAUAACUAUAAAUGGAAGUUUGCUUAGCUGCACACUAUAAAUCUCAAAGAGCAGUGCUGGCCGAUGAGCUGUGCUAUUGUCUUUUACUGCAUACAUCAGGAGAGGGAUUACAGUAAGUAAUUUGUUUUGGAAGACUGGUGCCUCUAAUGGGCCAUGCCUGAUAGUGUUGAAAGGUUGUGAUUAGGUACAAUCCACCGAGGUGGUCUUUCAGUACGCAACUCCAGAAUGGGGUGGGGGAGGAAAAAAUGGACUUUUGUUGCUUUUAUUAUUAUUAUUUUAUAUAUAUACAUAAACAAGUCACCUUCUUUACAGCACCAUCUGUUUAGGUUUCUUCCAAAGCCAGGAGCAAAAUGCUAUAAAAGGCUAUUUGCCCAAAUCUUAUCACACACACACACACACACACACACACACACACACACUUCCACUGCCUCCCCUCCUCCUGAACAGAACUGAACAUCCCUAAUCUAUUGCACAAUUCAUUCAGAAAUGAAGAAAUCCUGUAAAUGGGAGCAAAUCUGCAAACCUCUAGUAAAUCAGCAAGAUGCCUGCAUGUCUCUGACAUGAUAAGUGCAUGCAAUUCACCUGGGCCGUCUCUGAGUUCUUAGAGGAGACCUGCAACUGGAAUAGAUUCUUCUCUAUUAUAAGGUUGGGCUUGCUUCCCCCACCCCCCUCUUCGCUGCUGCCUACUCUGAACAUGGGCAUGCUUACUGGAGAUCAAAGGCUUCUCAGUGCACACAUUGAUGUUCUGUCAAAGAUGCAUAGGGGACCCCCUUAUUAUGAGCCAGGAAGUUGUGGUUGAGCAGGACUUCCCUUGAACCUAGGAGGAUCUCAAGGAGGCCUCUUGCCUGACUUCACAGCAUGGAUGGAGGCAUUAAGCAGCAUUAGCCAGUCCAGAUCGAAGGAGGGCACACCUUUCCGUUCUUAUGUCUGUCAUUAAUCUUUGCAAUGUUUGAGUACCAAGAGAACCAAAUUGGACAGCAGACCUUUCUCAUCUCAUUGAUUUUUGAAAACUGAGCUCCAACAAGGAAAAAAAAAAGCUAUGUUUUACUCUGCUCUUAAGUACCUUCACAGCUAAGAAUGUUGUCUUUAUUUACCUGGUGGAUCUGCAAAUCAGUUUUACUCAAGAAAUGUAAAUCUCCUAGGAAAACACUAGCUGACUAUGGGUUGCAUGCAACUGCUAAAAUUACUGGACUUAAAUUAGUCUUGCCUCCUAAUUUAAGUGAGUCUACUCUGAGUAUGGCUGGCAUUAGAUGCACCAAUGAUUGAAUAGCCAUUCCAAUAGGCUAUCAGCUCACCGAUCGGGACUUCCGGGUUGGCGCCAUCGCCGAAUGGCGGACUCCCUCCGAGCUCCGGAGGGAGUCUGCUCGGCAGGGGCUGGGUCCUACCGCGCCGGCGACGCGGGGACCCUUAAAAACCACGGGCACGGAGUCCGUGGACAUGGGUGACUCGGCUUGCACCAGUAGCGCCCUCCCGACUCGUGAAGGAGCCUUUUAAAGGCUUGGAUCGGAGUGCCGGGAGCGGCGUGGUGCUGAGUCUUCUGCUUUCCCUGCCGGCGCAGCCGCAUGCCAUUCGACGGAGCGCUGACUACUUCCAUUUAAAUUUUGGACUAUUACCAACAACCCGAGUGUAAUUGGUAAACCGGGUUCAAAAUUUGGUUGGCACGGCGGGGCGAUUUAAAAGAAGUCAAUCCCCCCUACUGUAAGCAUUCCAAAACAAGGACUGGGUAACCAAGGUCCAAAGGGAAGUAUAUUCUUGAUAAAAACCAUUAAUUUCACGAUGGGAAAUUAUAAGAACUGUGCUGGAGGAGAAGAGUGGAGGGUGAGAAGAAAAAUGCAAGCCCCCUGGGAACCGGGCGAUUCGUGGAGCCUGGUGAAGAGAGGCGGAGACUUUGACAGCUGUCAAAGUGGCUGUCAAAGUUGGAGAAUAUAAAGAGGACUUUGUUAUGAGGACUUUGCCGGUUAAUUUUGUUACAAUUUGCUACAAUAUGGAUAUAAACUGUUGGAAAAUAAGCAACAAUUUGACUUUUGGAUUAGAGGAUACAAAGUUAUUACAUUCCCCCUAGAGGGUUUCGGGAUAUUACAAGAACGGUCGUAAGUGGAAAAAUACUCUGGGAUUCGCACAGGACUUGUUAUCUUUUGGAAAGCUGCAAAACUGAAAUAGUAUUUUGUCUACAGAGGUAUUUACAUUAAAGGAGACAAUAGAACUUUCUAUUGAAGAAAGGAAGGGACUGGACGUAAGUUUUUGUUCCUGAAUAACAAACCUCUGCAGAGAUACCAGAUUUCUGAAUUAGAAAGUGUUAGCAGCUGAACAGGACAAGAAACCUGAGAAAGUGAGGAAAAGAAGAACAAAGGACUGAUUACGACACGGAAAGAACAACGGGAGGAGUGGUAAAGAUCAAGGAAAUUAAAGGCCUUUGUUAGAUUGGACACUUGAAGUUACAUAUUAUUAAAAUUAAUAAAUUAAAAGAAAACCGGCAAGAUGGAAUCGGGGAGAAAUCUGGUCAUGAAUUGAGACUUCCAAGCUGAUAAUGCAUAGACUGAUGGAUAUGGGGAAUUCAAACCGGGGAAGGGGGGGGGGAGAUUUGAAAUCCAAAGGCUGUGUAACCAUCUUUUGAAAUUUUCUAUAUCUUUUAUUUUUAUUUCUUUACAUAACUUACGCAGGUCAUUUUAUUUUGUUUGGACGUGUUUAAAAAAGGAAUUCGUGGAAGGAACUGGGGUGGAUCUUGGGGAAAAUCUUUUUUCUUUUCUUGUUAAUGAUGUGGGACGGUGGUAAGAUUUGUACAAUUCAAUUUGGAUAGUGGGUUAAACAAAUUAAGCUUCAAAUUGGGAGUGAGAGCUUGUAGAACUAAAUUAAGGAAAGGGAAUACAGUCGGGGGAGGGAGUCCCAGAAAGUAGGCAAUGAAAGUAAGGUUUUUAAAUAUCUUUUUUUUCUUUUUCUUUUUUUCUUUGUAUUUUUAUAUUUUUGGAAACUUUAAUAAAUAUGAUUUAAAAAAAAAAAAAAAAAUAUCAGCUCACCGAUCGUUCUAGUAGGAUUUCAGCUCACGGAUCAUUUCGGUAGGAUUUCAGCUGUAAUGAGGUUCCCUACCCUGGUACAGACAAUACUCAGACAGUGCUCAGCAGCUUUGUAUAUUGACUCAGCAGAAAGUUAAGUGAACCACGAAACCAACAUGGUAUCACUUUGUACUCUAGACCUCUCCUGCUCGAUAGACUAAAAUGUCUCUUUGAUGAUAACCACAAUCCAUAAACGAGAAGAGUUCUUACCAUGUAUUUAUUCAAUAGUCACACAGAGAGACAAAAGAAUGCAGUCUCUCUUAGAUAGUGGCUUCCAGUGAGUCCCACCCCUCUGUCUCUCCAAUUCUGUGCAGCGGCAGAGGAAGCCGCUUGGUUGCCUGGGACACGGGUGGGGCGAGCCACCCAUAGGGGUGGGGCGAGGACAGGGCGAGCCACCCAUAGGGGCGGGGCACACCGCAGGGCCUCUGGAGUCUGCCUGCCUCCCUCCACUCAGCCGCCCAACAGCUGGGGGGGGGGUAGGCAGCGGGCGGACUGUUUGGGCAGCGUAGAGCCUGUGCGUGCCCAAGCCACUGUGUCUCUCCCAGGAGAGACGCGUGGCUCAGGUGCACUGCAGACCCUGCAGUGAGUGCAAGCCCAAUGCCCUACAGUGACUGCAAGCCCAAUGCUCAGUGGUUUACACCACAGCACCACCCAUACCCUUAGCUUGCUUUAGUGAAGUUCUAAUAAUGGAGGGGCAAUAUUGCUCCCAUUAUUCCUCUACACUAUUCCCUUUCCCCCGUUUUUCUUCUCAACAAUCAGCUGGCAUUCCCUGUCUGUCAAGUGAGCUCAAAACUCAUGGCACUUUUUGCAGCUUUCCCCCAUUUUGAUCCCCUGCUCCAGCAAAGGUGUUUUAUUUUGCUUUGGGUUUUUUUAAUACUUGGGCUUCCCCUGAGCCUCCUAACACCUCCCUUUUGCAAAGGGCUAGUGCUGUUUCAGCUGCACAAGAAUCCACGCUUGGAGAACGAGCCUACUAUCAAGCACGUAGGGCAGAUGUUAUUUUGGCAAACCGUAGUUCAUGUCUCUCCUAAUGCCGGAGGUAAUCUUCCCUUGUUGAGCUUCAUAAGACACUGGGGCCUUUCUCAAUUUCAGCCUCCAUUGGACAAUGCCCGUAGUGCUGCGUGUUCCAGAGACACCUGUAAACUCCACAGUACAUGACUGCACACCUGGAGCUCGGGUUGCAUAAUAAUGAUUAUCUGUGUUGGCAAGAUAGAGACCUGAUCCUCUGGGCUACCAAUUUUCUCGCCAACUGUUUUGAUGCAAAGGAUAUUUCAUGUGGAAUCAGGCCCACACGCUUCUGGGAACUCAAAGGCCUCCAUAAGACACCCGCUCGGCAUCUCUCACAUUUUUCCAGACGUACGUACUGCUAUUGUCCCACAGCUUUCUUAUUAGAAAUUCUGCACUAAUCUUCAGCUGAGCCACAGUAACCCGUCAUGGAAGGUGAAUCCCUUUAAUCCUUCCUUCCCCAUGAAAAACUGUGAACCCCUGCCCUUCGAGGAGAUGGAACCAGAGUCCUGCAACUUCAGAUUGCGGAGCAAAUAUCCAAAGCAGCCACUUUAAGCAGUUUUCUUUGUUGCAUUGAUACAGCGAAUUGCUCCAGGGCAAUGUUUUGCCAUUUCCUUUCUACGCUUGACAAAUUUUAAUGCUUAUAUUGCUGGGAUGGGUGUCUGUACGGUGUCGUUAAACCCUUACCGUUGCAGCCUUGUUUGAAGGCCGCUUUGUUAGGUCUAGUUAGCUUUCAGUACGUUGAGCUAAUAGCAGGAUGUGGCAGAGUUCAGAGUUUGGGAGGGAGAGGCUGCGGUGGUGGGACUAAGGCAGAAUGUCUACUGGGAAGGGCAAAAGAAAGGUAUAAGUAAUGGGGGAAUGGAAUAUUAUGGUGAGGAGGUGAGCUCUGGCACACGAGGGGGACUUUUACCAAGAGUACCCGGCUGCCAUCUUGGUACUUCAGUGAGUGGGGAAGCCAUAUCUCAGGCUCAGCACAAGGGUCAACAAGACUGGGUGGCUCUUAAUGGCCCAAGUCCUAAGGAAGGUCCAUGGCCUGCCCUGCUGCCGAUUCCAAAUGCCUCGGCAGUAGAAGUGGGGGGGGGUGUAUUUUAAUAUUUUGUUGGAAGCCGUCAAGAGUGGCUGGGGAAACCCAUCCAGAUGGGCAGGGUAUAAAUAAUAAAUUACUAUUAUUGUUGUUAUUGUUAUUAUUAUCUCUAAAAAUUCCUGCAUUGCAGGGGGGUUGGACUAGAUAACCCUCCCGACUCUACAAAUUCUAUGAUUUUAUACUCUUUAUGAUUUUAUUUUUUAAUCCAAUCUGUUUCUAAGUCUGUGUUCUCUCUACACUUUGAUCUGUGUUUAAGUCCCAAGCUGCUCUGUACAAAAUUAAGUUCCAUGUUCCCCAUUCACUAUCAUGGAGGACCUGAAAACAGAUAUAACUCCCCCCCCCCCUUUGGCCAAAGUGGAUAACAUUCUGGAUUAAGCCUGCCAAACAGCAGAGCACUAGGUACAGGGCCUUUUGUGGAGGAACAUCCCUCCAUAAUCCAUAUGAGGCCAACCAAAAUUCCAAAAUCCAUAUUCGUUUCAUGAGAUGAAUAGGGUUGGAGCUAAUCAGUGCCUGGAUGGGAAAUCACCUGGGAAUUGUGAGUGUUCUGCUCUGAGUACCAUGAUGGAAGAAAGCCUGAAGAGAAAUGUGCAUUAUUAUUGUGGUUGUUAUUGCUUAGACCUCAUUUAUACCUUCACCUGAAGUGGUAUUUUGGAAAGGGGUGUUGUGAACACUUGUGUGCUCUCAGUCUAAUGGCUUCCACUGUAGGUGUGAAGGAAAUAUGGGGACAUUCAUGCUUCUCCAGCCUGCAUAUGAAUGGGCUGCUUUAGGUGAGACUUAAUAACAGCUGAAGGCUACCAGUAGGUAAUACAAGUAAUUUGUAUUCCAUCUCUGGACUUCCUGCUUUCAUAUCAGGGCUGAAGAUCCUAGUCCACUCCAAAAGGCUAUCAUUAAUCUUAAUUCAGCCUUCAUCUACCUUAAUACAUAUCUCAUGUCCUCCCCCCUUGCUCUUAAACUGAGUUCAAUCUUCCUGGCUCAAGAUGAAUUCAUCAGCCUCCUACAGCAGCAGGGACUAUUAAGGAAUAUUUCAGUCUUUGGAGAUCAAUUGACUUGGAUUUUUUCUCCUCCACAGGCUUCUUGGUUUUGAACACACAGAACUGCCUUUGGUCCACUUGGCCUAGCACUGUUUACUCUGAACGGCAGCAAGUCUCCAAGGUUUUUGACUGGAGAUGCUGCCGGGAAUUGAAUCUAGAUCUCUUGGAUCUCUUGCCACAGAGCAAUGGGUGACAAAGGGGGGUAAUUCGGUUCACAUUUCAAGGCAAGCUAAUCCGGUUUGCAUUCUGAAACAGUUUGUGAACCGAAACACAGGCAUCCUCCAGAAUCUGCAUUUCCCCAGAUUUCACAGUGCGGUCCGUCAGCCAAUGGGUGUGUUCAGAAAUUCAUGGACUAGGGUAAUGUGUGCACACAAAUGUUAGUGAAAAUGCUAUUGAAAAUGCAAAUGCAGAAGAAGUUUAUUUAUUGCACGUGUAACAGUGCCAAUUCCACAGACUGAAGCAGUCAAGGGCUUUAUAUACUAAUAGUAACACCUUGAACUCAGCCCUGUAGCAGAUUGGCAACCUGUUCAGAGCUCUGAGCUGUUAUAUGGGGGUUGAACUAGAUGACCCUCAUGGUCCCUUCCAACUCUACAAUUCUAUGAUUCUGUGUUGGCAAGGUCUCACCCUUCUGGGCUUCCAGGGACAAGGCUGAAUCCAGAAGUACCCCAGGCUGUGAACCAGCCCCUUCAUUUCAACUCAGAGGUCAGCAAACAUUGUCCCUCAGAACUUGUGGGGGGGCAACUAUAUUUUGGAAAUAAAUAAAAUAACGAAUUCCUAUGCCCCACAAAUAACCCAGAGGCAUUUUAAAUAAAAGGAUGCAUUCUACUCAUGUAAAAAUUCGCUGAUUCCCAGACCAUCUGCGGGCCAGAUUGAGAAGGCAAUUGGGCCAGAUCUGGCCCUCGGGCCUUAGUUUUAACUUACCUAGCAUGUACUUCCUGAAGCAGGACUCAAACUGAGGUGCAACAAGCCUUCAAAAUUUGCACAUCCCUGAGCUUGCCAAUGGAUUCUCCAGCCAAUGCAAAAAUGCAUCUAUCUGGGGAAAGCACACGCUGAAAAGUGCACUGUAAUGAAAGCCCCACAUUUUUUAAGGAGGGGGAAAUUGUUUGCAAAGAUGUGUUCAUUAAGAAAAAUUGUGUGCAAAAAUAUGGGGAAGGGUUUUGCAUCAGAGCGAAAUGGAGAAAAAUCUAGAUAGACCAUUUUGUGCACCCCUGCUUUCAAGCCUGAACUUGAGCUUCCAGGAGCCUCUGCCUGGCCACCGUAAACAAGAGAAUGCAGAUCGGAUCCUCAGUGUCAUUCCAGCAAGGCAAUUCCGAUGCGUCCCACAUCACCAUUGCAUCCAACGCCAGCCAUUGCCCCCGCUGCAAUAUGUCUCCCUCCCAUGUCGGCGAAACACAAUUGUUUGAGAAGAGACAAUCCCUCUCUGCAGAGGCUAUGCCACAUCCUCAUUCAUCACCCUCAAGUGAUCGCAACCAAAUUACUCUUUGCCAGUGCCACUCAUUUUUCAGCCCUCUCACUAAUUCUCCAAGGCUCGUUAAAAUGCUGCGAGCAAAGGUGCCCUUCUGAUCUUUCCAAACAUUCUCUAAAUGGUUUGAAUUUAUUCAUUGGACUACUCUCAUCCCGGGUCAUUUCUCCCCCUCUCCAUCUCUCCCUUUCUCUCCCCGACCACCCCAACCCCCAUCUGUGUCUCAUUGACUUUUAAAUUUUCAUUAAAGCUGCAGCAUCUCCUUUUGUCUGAAGCCAAGUAUGCAGGGGGGGGGGGGGAGUUGCCGCUUGGAGAAAUGGAAAGAAGCAACAGGGGGAAGCACACACUUUACGCAGCAAUUGAAGCCCAAACAAAAGACUUCAGCCCAUGUACAAGUGGUAUUAUGUAGGGAUUCAGCUGAGAUCUGAACACAGAUUUACAGGAACCCACACCCUCUCUCACAAUUGUUCUUCCACCUAGCAGCCAGAUGAGUGGGGAAGGCUAACUCAUUCAUUCUACGGCACAGAGGAGCUUCUUUGGUGAUGCUGAUCAUGGUACUUAACUAUUCAGUCAGAAACAUUGCCUAAACAAAGUGACUGGUUGGGCAAGCUUGCUCUCAUACCUUCUACCCCAACAGAUAAAGCAGCCCAAUAACUGUCUAUAAAGAGCUACUCAGAAACAAGCACAGUGGAACCUCGGGUUACAGACGCUUCAGGUUACAGACUCCGCUAUCCCAGAAAUAGUACCUCAGGUUAAGAACUUUGCUUCAGGAUGAGAACAGAAAUCGCGUGGUGGCAGUGGGAGGCCCCAUUAGCUAAAGUGGUGCUUCAGGUUAAGAACAGUUUCAGGAUAAGAACGGACCUCUGGAACGAAUUAAGUUCUUAACCCGAGGUACCACAUUCUACUUUCCUGGUGUAGACAAUACUGAACUAGAUGGACCAGUGAUCAGUCUUGAUAUAAGGCAGCUUCCAGUGUUCGGUAAUCGAGAACAUGCUUUGCAUCAAGGGUGGGGAAGCCUGUGGUUUUCCAGAUGUUGUUGGACUCAAGUUCUCAUCAGCCCCUAGCAUGUUUUUCUAAAUUCAGAUGGUCUCCAUCUCUUGGAUCCUUCUCAAAAAGGCUCUUCCCUUUUAACAGAAGGUCAUAGCUGAACGAAAAGCUAUACAUAUAUAUCAAGACUGAAAGAGAAGAGGGGAUCUUUGUUAACGUAGUGUACUGAACCUCUCAUUUGAGAGAGGCUGAUUCAUUUAAGAUUCAAAGCCUUCUUACAUCUCUGUCUCCUGUAUAUUGGAUUUCAGAGCUGAGGAGAGCUAGAGGAGGAAAUGGACGGGUGUUGUAAGUCAAUAAAGGUUAGAGCAAAUGCCAGGCUGAUUGAGAGGUUGAAACAGCACCAACCAAUGUCAUUCUGAAAACAAUGCACCUUGAACAAACUCCAAUUAAACAAAAACUUCCAGAGCUUCGGAUAAAGGAUGUUUCCAUUACCUCCUCUAAGUGACAAUAUAUUGCAGUUCUUCAGGUUUUAGUUAUUUAUUUUAUUUCAUAAAAUGUAUUCACUGCUCGAUUAUGGGGGGAGGGGGGACCUCAAAGUUGAAACCCCCAAAAGAAAACCCAAUAAAAUUAUCACUUUUUUAAAAAAACAUGGCAAUACAGUGGUACCUCGGGUUAAGUACUUAAUUCGUUCCGGAGGUCCAUUCUUAACCUGAAACUGUUCUUAACCUGAAGCACCACUUUAGCUAAUGGGGCCUCUUCCUGCUGCUGCGCCGCCGGAGCCCAAUUUCUGUUCUUAUCCUGAAGCAAAGUUUUUAACCUGAAGCACUAUUUCUGGGUUAGUGGAGUGUGUAAUCUGAAGCAUAUGUAACCCGAGGUACCACUGUAAUUUAAAACAAAGUUAAAAACAACAAUAGACUGGAACAAAUUAAAGCUCACAUUAGCUUUCUAAAACACCUGGGUAGACUUGAUAUUAGCAGGGCUAAAAAUAAUGCAUUGAAGGCACUUGUUUGAUAUCAAUAGGCAGGGAGUUUCGAAGUGCAGGUGCUGCCACACUAAACGAGUUCUUACAAAAGCAGAACAAGUACUAUGGGGCACUUGUAAUAGUGCCAGUUCUACUGAUGAAAGCGGUUGGGUGGGCACAUAUGGGAUAAGACAAUCUCGUAGAUAAACUGGCCCCAAGUUGUUAAAGGCUUUAUAUACUAAUAGUAACACCUUGAACUUAGCCCGGUAGCAAAUUGGCAACUGUGCAAAUCUCUGCACUGGAUUUUGUACGUAUGACUUGAGCAGAUAGGACCAUUGGUGAGUGUAGCUCAGCAGUGAUUCUUCAAAUAUAUUCCCAUAGCUACCAAUAGAUGCCAGAGGUUAAACCUGGUACGUUCUGUAAGCAAAUGUAUGGAUGACUACUAGCCAUGAUGACUAAGUUUUUUGUUUUUGACAAAAUAAUAAUCGUACAUAAAAAUGAAUAAAAAUGUGCAGCCCACCACCGAGACCAUUCCAUUGUAACUAUCCCACCUCCAAAAAUUUUUUGCAAUGGUUUGACCCCUUUUCUUUUCAACAGUACAAAUUCUACCAACACCCUCAAAAUCAUUUCUCCUGCAUAUUCCUUGUCUUACCUUAACGGAACAUGUUAGGUUAUCGUUAAUAGCUAUAUCCCACACCUCUUUAUACCAUUCUUCCAUUUUACAUUCUGCCUGCCCCUUCCACUUCCUAGCUAUCAUAAUUUGUGCAGCUGUCAAUAAAUUUGUGAGCAAGUCCUUCAUAGCCUGCGAACCUUCCACCCCAUUGCAAAUUGAUAAUAAUGCUACCUCUGGACUUUUGGUCAGCUUUAACCCAGUGAUUUGUGUGAUCUCCUUAAACACGCUUUGCCAGAAAAAAAAUUGUACACAUUUACACCUCCACCACAUGUGAACAUAAUUCCGGGUUUCCUGGCACCCCCUCCAACACCAAAUAUUCCUUGUUUAUUUAAUUUAAUCUGUCUAGUGUUAAAUACCAUCUCCAAACUAAUUUAUAAUAAUUUUCUGUAAGUGAUGGAAGUCAAUCAAUGAAAUUUUAUUAUUAUUUUCAUAUUGAGAUAUUUGUAGAAUAAACUUGGAAGAAAUUCUUCCCACUUUUCUUCUUCUUUUCUCUUUAUUUUUUCGUUUUUAUUUUCUUCUUUUCUUCUCUUUUGUUCAUAUAUAUGUGUGUGUGUGUGUGUGUGCUUAUUUGAAAUAUAUAUGUAUGUAUUUGCAAUAUUUUGCUUAUAUUUUGUAACAAUUAUGUUAAAUAAAUUUUAAAAACAUUUUUUUAAAAAUAUCUAAUUUUCUUUUAUUCUUAUAGACAUUUUCAAUGUACGAUUCUCCCAUAUUUCCCCCCAGCUUUGACUCUCUAUAUGCCCUGUUGUCUCCUUUCCCCGCACCUCUUUUAAUUGAUCUCAUUGAUUCUCUAUUUCUGCUAAUAUUUUAUAAAAUGACUGAGUUCUGUUACUUCCGAAUUCCAGCUGCUAAGAAUCAGGUGGGUAGAGUGCUGUUGAGCUCAGGUCCUACUUCUCGGCAUCCCAUAGGCUUCUGGUUGGCCACUGUGAGACAAAGAUGCUUGAUUAGAUGGGUCCUUGGCCCGAUUCAGCAGCCAGGCUCUUUGUCAACAGAAGAGCUGCAGCUCAGUGGCAGGCAGGACGAAAAAGAGAGAAAGGUUGUUUUUGUUGCUGAAGUGGAAAAUUUCCACUGUUAUAAACGAGGAGGAGCUUUACGCAGAUCCAAUUACAGUAAAACUCUUAUUAAGCAGCCGAAUUCCUGAACAAACGGUGCUCACUUGGAAACAAUAUGAUAAUUAAACCAUUGACAUUUUGAAGCCACUAAGUCAGAGAGAACUUUAAAAAUUCCAAUUUUGAGUUUGCACGACUCUAAUGCACUACUUAAUUGAGGUGUACUCAACUAGCAAAGAUCGGGUUAUGGGUGGGGGAGAAGGAGAAGGGUAGCCUUUUGCAUCUUCUCUUGCGGUGAAGCAGUCAAGACCUCUAGCUGAAAAGUAUUUACAAUAUGUAAACCUGCUUUCCUUCCAUUAUUCUCUGUUAACAGUGCUUCCACAGCUCAUUAUUUCCAACAUGAAAUAG